AUGAAUUGCUAUGGGUUUUGUAUAUUUUAGAAAUUAUAUUAUGGAAAUAUGAUUAAUUUACGUAAUAUUAUACAAGUUUUAUUAGUUUCUAUCAUUUAUUGUUCAAAAGUAAUACAAUUAUAUCAAUAAAAUAAUCAUUAAUAGUAGAAUUUCCAAAACUAAACGAACAAUAGUGGAUGGACUUUUCUUUAUAAAAAAUUCUUCCAAAAAUUAUAUAGGAUUGAAAAAUAAAUUAGUUAUUCUUAAAGAAUUUUUAGUGCUUUUGUUUCGGUUUAGAGUUCAGGUAAGAGGGAGGUUAUUUAAAGAAUUUCAAGAAAUCCUAUUAAGUAUUUUCCAAAAUUUCCAGAUUACAAAGAAUGUUCAGUAAUUUUUGAGUUAGAAGGAAAGCAUAAAGUUAUAAAGAAUUAUUUUCAAGAUUAAUAUAAGGAAUAAUUUCUCUAUUCUACAAUAACUUAUCAAACCACUUAUAUACAAAAUUAUUGCAAUACAUAUGAAAUAAAAAAUAAAUUCAGUAAAUAUUAGGAUCAAAGUGAAAUUGUAUAACUUAUAUCUUUUUUUGUUAAUAAUGUUAUUUACUCUCUCCCUUUAUGGAACCUAUAUUCAAAAUUACCUUUUAGAAUUAUUUAAUGCUUCUAAUUGGAAUAUUGA